AAACCCUAGGCCUCGCCUCCCACUCGCUCGCUCCCAUGGCGACGCCGGCGACGGCUGCCUCCGACGCGGCGGCCCCCAACCCGGAGCCGCGAGGCCCUCCUCAGUCCGAGGCGUCUACGGAGGAGCCGGGAGGAGCGCCCGAUUCCGGCGCCGUCGCGGCGGCAGCGCCACCGGUGGUGGAUGGGGCGGCGGAUGGAGACGCCUCGACCGCUCCCGCUCCCAUCCCCAGUUCCGGUCCUGCGGCGCCGCCUGUACCAGUGAACCCGGCGUCUUCUGCCGCUCCAGUGCCCCCCCGGCCGCAGUUCGCCGGGUCGCCCGCUUACGCGAGCCACCCGGCGCUGGCUUUCUCGUACAACGUUCUCCCGAGGGCGCCACCCCCGCCGCAGGUGGGCGGUGCCGCGGCCCAGCAGCAGCUAGGUGCUUCUCCGGCCAUGAUGGCUCCUUCAGUACCUGCUGCGGCUCUUCAGCCUCCUGUCCCAGGGCAGUAUUUUGGGAACAGGCCGUCUUUCUCAUAUAAUGUAGUCUCGCAUGCUAACGCUGGCUUGCCUACUGGUCAGCAGUUUCAACUUGACACUGGUACAAAUCAUGCCGUCCAAAUUUCACGGCCUAUUCCACCAGCAUCCUUGCAGCCUCCAGCUCCUAUGAAUUUAGCGCGCCCAAGUACAGCAUUUCCAGGAGCAGGAGCUAUGCCACCAAAUCCUCCUGGAUCUAUGCGGUUGCCAUUCCCAGUUCUACCCAGACCAUCCAGUAAUAGUUUCGUUGCAGGCCCACAACAGACACAGUCCCAGGGGAACUCAGAUGUUAGCACUUCCAGGUCUGAUACGCGAAGUGUUCCAGAGGGUGGUCCCCAGACAUCUCAGUUGUCAACAGGCCCACCACCUGCAAGUUCUUCUGGAAGUCCUUCGAUCACCGUUCAUAUGCCAACAAAUCCAUCACUUCCAGCUCGCCCAGAGGCAUUUGGGGCUUUUGGAGCUUCUGUACCUGGACAACCUUCCACAAUCUUUCCUGCUCCACCAAACCUCCUUGGAAGACCUAUGGCUCCAUCUGCUUCUCCUUUUCCCCAAACAUCACAGUCAGUUGCUGCUCCAAGUGCUUUUCCACAGUCUGGUCAGCAACAGUUGUACCCUUCCUAUCCUUCAGCACAUGGCAUUGUUCCUCCUCAACCUCUAUGGGGAUAUCCCCCACAGCCUACUGGUUUUCAGCAACCCCACUUCCAAUCAUAUCCACCUGGUCCUCUUGGUAGGCCAAUGGUCGGGAGUUCUGCUGUGACUGCAUACAUGCCCAAUGUCCAGCCACCUGGUGUCUCAACCGAUAGGGAUUCCAAGGAACUAUCAUCAACAAAUUCUGGAUCUGAGGAGCCUACACAUACUUCAGCUGAACUUUCAUCAACAGAACAUGGAAGCCAAAACAGCAAUCAGCCUGAGGACAAAAAAUCUACUGCAAUUCAGGAUUCAGAUGCAUGGUCUGCACACAAGACAGAGGCUGGUGUUGUAUAUUAUUACAACGCCUUGACCGGAGAAUCAACUUAUCAAAAACCACCUGGUUAUAAAGGGGAGUCCGAGAAGGUUGCAGCCCAACCAGUUCCAGUUUCUUGGGACAAAUUGUCCGGCACUGACUGGAGCAUAGUAACGACAAGUGAUGGAAAGAAAUAUUACUAUGAUAACAAACAGAAUGUUAGCAGUUGGCAGCUUCCACCAGAGGUGGCUGAGCUCAUCAAGAAUACUGAGUCUGGUCCCUUGAAAGGAAGUUCAACUUCGCUGCAGGAUGCUGGCACAGUAGGGAAUAAAGGGGAAAUAAGUAUUGAUAUUAAUACUCCUGCCGUACAGACAGGUGGCCGUGAUUCGUUGCCACUUCGGCAGACAGUUGUCCCUGCAUCGCCUUCUGCAUUGGAUUUGAUAAAGAAGAAACUGCAGGAUUCUGGUGCCUCCAGUGUUCCUUCACCUCUUGCUACUCCAUCCAGUGCAUCUGAGUUGAAUGGAUCUAAAACAACUGAUGUUGCACCCAAAGGACAGCAACUCCCGAUUAGCAGUGAGAAAUCAAAAGAUAACAGCGGUGAUGGUAACAUGUCAGAUUCCUCUUCAGACUCAGAUGAUGAGGAACAUGGCCCAAGUAAAGAGGACUGUUUUAAGGAGAUGUUAAAGGAAAGAGGUGUAGCACCAUUUUCAAAGUGGGAGAAGGAACUCCCAAAAAUAGUGUUUGAUCCACGUUUUAAGGCGAUUCCAAGUUACUCGAGACGACGUGCUAUAUUUGACCAGUAUGUUCGGACAUGUGCUGUCGAGGAGCGGAAGGAGAAAAGAGCUGCUCAGAGGGCUGCAAUGGAGGCAUAUAAACAGUUACUAGAAGAAGCAUCUGAGGACAUCAACUCCAAUAAAGAUUACCAGGAAUUCAAAAGAAAAUGGGGUACUGAUCCAAGGUUUGAAGCCUUGGAUCGAAAAGCAAGGGAGUCUCUUUUCAGUGAAAAGGUGAAGUCAAUUGAAGAGAAAGUUCAAUCAAUGCGCAAUGCUGUUAAAACUGACUUCAAAUCAAUGCUUCGAGAAAGUAAAGACAUAACGUCAACUAGCCGCUGGACCAAAGUGAAAGAAAAUUUCCGGAACGAUGCAAGGUACAAAGCAAUGAAGCAUGAAGAAAGAGAGGAUGCUUUUAAUGAAUACAUAGCAGAACUAAAAUCUGCUGAAAAGGAAGCAGAGCAAGCUGCUAAGGCCAAAUCAGAUGAACAAGCCAAGUUAAAGGAGAGGGAACGUGAGACGCGCAAAAGGAAAGAAAGGGAAGAGCAGGAAAUGGAGAGAGUAAAAUUGAAGAUCCGAAGAAAAGAGGCUGUGUCUUCAUAUCAGGCUUUACUUGUUGAAAUCAUAAAAGAUCCCAAGGCAUCAUGGACAGAAUCCAAACCAAAACUUGAAAAGGAUCCACAAGGCCGUGCGGUAAAUCCAGAUUUAGGUAAAGGUGAUGCAGAGAAGUUAUUUCGUGACCAUGUCAAGGACUUGUAUGAGCGACGCGUGCGGGAUUUCCGUGCACUCCUAUCUGAGGUCAUAACCCUGGAGAUAGCAGCUCGAACAACAACAGAUGAAGGAAAGACUGCAAUCAACUCUUGGACUGAAGCAAAAGGUCUUCUAAGAUCUGAUCCUCGGUACAACAAACUGCCAAGCAAAGACCGGGAGUCCAUUUGGCGGCGCUACGCAGAUGACAUGGCGAGAAAGCUCAAGCAGUCAGAUUCCAAGGAGAAACCAGAUACGGAUGGGAAGCAGCAGCGUAGGUCCUCUGAUCCACCAAGGCGGAGGUAGCCUGUAGAAUGUAGAACCGUCCACCUGUACUACCCUAGUCGAUAUUGAUGUUAUCAUUAGUUCACAUAAUCACAUUCUGUUUACCCUUGUUUUUGUAACAAUGAGGGCGUUAAAUUAACUGAAAAUUUUGGUAACAGGAGCAUCCACUUACCUUUUUUUGGCCAUGCAUUUCGUUGACCCGUGAAUCCAGAAUUCCAGAUUGCAACAGUUGUGCAAAUGCAGUGGUGUUACGUCAUUACACUUUUUGGGACAUUCGUAAA